UUGACACACUCCUCACCUUCACUUCGAUAUAUCCAACACUCUUUACAGUUAAGACGCUUUCCAUCAAGAUGCAUGCAACUCUGAAGAUCGCCAUUCUCAGCCUUGUCUCUCUGGCUGCUGCUGUGCCAUCCUCUCCCAACGCUGACGCCGGUGCGCUCUUUGCCAUUGAAAAGAGAUGCACACAGCUCUAUGCCAGAUGCAAUGACGAUUGCUGUGGUUCGAUGACUCGCUGCAACUAUAUUCCCAUCUGCGGCAACAACCGCUGCGUAUCAUACGACCCCGCUAUUACCUACAACCCUACUUGCAACUAGGCCGUUACUCAAUGAGUGGGCUCACUUGGGUUAGAAAGUCCGACAACUUUUAGCCUUCUAUAUGUUGGAAGGGUUCUGAGAGGAGCAGAGGAAAACUGAGCCAAAAUUGGUAUGAGGAAUCUUUGAGUGGGCUGGCUUCAUGAAGU